UUGACCCGGCUCCUCCUCCCUGGGUCUGAGACCCGCCUUGGAGAUUGGGUGAUGGGUCAGGCACACAGCUUGGGGAUUUCACUUUUCCUUUACCCUGUGACAGGGUGCCAGGCCCCAGGGCUGGAUGAAUUCUAGCUUCUCUUCAGAGCGCUGGCAAAUCACCGAGGAAGCAUAGACCUUACUUGGCCCAGUGGGGCCAGCAGAAGACAGCGGUGGACCCCACAGCUUGGCUGCAGCUCUUCUUGUCCUUCAUCUCUUUUAAGGAUGUUCAUCGAAGACCAGAGCCCAGGGGAACGGAGCCCAGGUUCCCAGGCCUUGUAUGAGUGCCUUUUCAGUCUUUUCAGAGAAAAUAAAGUGGAGAUUGCAAGUGCAAUAACAAGGGUAUAUCCUUUCCUGAUGAGCAUCCGUGACCGUGGCUUCAUCUCUGAGCAGAAGUUUGAGGAAUUUAUAGGCGCUUGUGAAAACCUGGUCCCAGUGGAAAGAGUGAUGUAUGAUGUUCUCUGUGAAAUGGAGAAUAAUUUUGACGAGAAGGUUAUAGAUCUGCUGUUUAGCAAGUUCAUCCUGAAGAACUACCCUGAUUUACUUGAGAUUUUCAGCAACUUCCAAAACGCACUUCGUGACAUCUUCUAUUUCCAAGACCUUGAUGAGGACCAGAAGUGGGAGCCCCAUGACUUGCAGUUAGACUACGCACAAGGUGACACCGUCCCUGCAUCCCCAGAGCACCUCAGUGAUGAACAGAAGGGGAGCACAAGAGAUUUGUCUUACCACGUUCCUGAUACAACAAGAACCCAGGAAACAGCAAGUGAAUGUGUCCAAGAAUCUGAACAAGCAGAAGAAAGCACCUCUGAUGGGAAAGAGCCCCGCGAAGCAGCAGGCUCCCCACAAAAAUGUCAGCCAGAAAGCAGCUCUCCUGUGCUCGGCUCGGUGCAUUGCUCCUCUUCAGAGCCCUGGGACCCCGAAGCUCCCCAAAUGACCCAUGAAGACGAUCCAGGGGAGGGGCCCAGCCAACGGGCCUGUGAUAGAGAAGCAGAAGACAGUGAUACCAGUUUAGAAAUGUCUGCUGAAGAAUCACCUCAGCAAGCAUUGAGCUCCCCAGCAAGAAGUGAGCCAGCAGAAGACAGUGAUACUGAUUUAGAAACAUAUGAUGAGGAACAGCUCCAGCAAGCAUUGAACUCCCCAACAGAAAGUGGAUCAGAGUUACCAGCCCUUGAAAAAGAGACGUGUCCGUGUGUAAUGUGCUCCCCCAAAUGUGUGCCAGCAAGUUGGAAAGCAGGGCCUGAACAUAGCCACGCGUGUGACAUGAUGGGCACUGUAGGCCUUGGAACCAACUCUACUUUGGCAAGAGUCAAGAGGAAGAGAAAAAAAAAGAAAGGACAUUCCUGGACAAGAAUUAAGAGAAUCCGGAGAAACACACAAAAUGCUAAGCGCACCAAGAGAAAUAGAUCAAGAAAUCACAGACAUGAAAAUGUGGAUUUUCACUCUGAAAUACUGCCUGUGACCUGUGGUGAGGUGACGGGGAUGUUACAUAAGAGGAAAUUGCAACGAGGAACCUCUGUACGGUGUAUACAAUGUGAGGAUGGAAAUUGGCUCACCCCCAGGGCAUUUGAAGUCAAAGGAGGCCUUGAAAGAUCAAAGAAUUGGAAGAAGAGUUUGCGCUGUGGUGGGAUACCCCUGCAAAUGCUGAUAGAGGAUGGAUUUCUAGAUAAACCUCCAAGAAACUAUAACAGGAGAAGAAAGGGGAAAACACAGAAUUCUUUCGGUUAUCCCUCAGUUGAUCCUUAUCCAGAAAACUCUAACACGUGCGAGGUGUGCGGGGCCAGAGGGCUGCUGCUGUGCUGCGACACUUGUCCCAGGUCCUUUCACAAAGACUGUCACAUCCCCCUUGAGGACACGGAGAGGGACCCGUGGAGCUGCACCUUCUGCGAGGUGAAUGAGUCCUCGGGAAGCCAGCCGCGUCGGGGGGAGGCCGAGGUCCUGGCAAGGCCGAUGCAGCCCGAGGAGCAGUUGAAAUGUGCCUUGCUCCUCAUGAAGGUCUAUGGCCAUUCCGAAAGCUCCUUUUUUAAGAGGAUUCCACAUUAUUAUUAUAUUAAGGAAGUUUCUCAAAAACUGAAGGAACCCAUGUGGUUGGACAAAAUCAAGAAGAAGCUAAAUAAGCAGGGAUACUCCCGAGUGCAGGAGUUUGUGCGGGACAUGCGCCUCAUUUUCCAAAACCACAAAGUAUCUUACAAGAGCGUUAACUUUGGCCUAAGGGGACUUAAACUGGAGGCAGAAUUUGAGAAGAAUUUCAAGGAAGUGUUUGCUAUUCAAGAAACAACUGAGGACAGCCCCCCAGGGGAGUGACCGCCCUGGAUGCCCUCAGAAAUCUCUGGACAGAUCUCAGAAUGGUCCUUCAAAAUCAACAAAAAACUACGAACCAGAGACACUUUUAAG